UGCUCAAUUAAGUUUUGAACGUGGAGAAUGGAUUCACAGUGUAAGUAUUAAUCGCCGCGUCGCAAUGUCGCAAAACUGGCAACUGUUCUGAAGCAUCCGCCUCUCCCUAUUCGAAUCCGUCGUGCGCCCACGAGUGGCGCAACAUUGGAGCAGCCAAUCUGCCUUCAUGUGUCAUGCAAACUUUGAACCUCAAAUUUACAAGCCCCUGAGAAGAUUCAGAGGCAUUUAGGCGUGCUGAUUAACGAUGGUCCGAACCUCAACGAGAAAUCAUGGAACAGGUUACAACGCUACUUUGUAAUGAGUGCGCAAGAAUGCUUUUCGGACUUUGUGAUCUCAACAAAUUCCGUUUAUGAAAAAAAAACAUGCCUGCGACCGGGAAACCACGAAUAACAAGAAGAGGCACUUAUUCAACUAAACCGUAAUUCUCGCGGAGAACAGAGACGCAAUGUUUCUUAAUUUGGCUGCAAACGGGAAACUUGCACAUCAGCCAUAAAAACGACGAGGGCAGGUUGAACUCCCGGGUUGGUAAAGGCAUAUCUUUUUCGGUCACCAGCGAACAUUAUCAGUUGUCCGACCCGCUGAGCAGCAUUAGCGUUUGUCUCGUCAACCUCAGCCAAGGUCACCUCCCAGCCUCCCCUGCCUCCUCGUCACUCUGAAGGGCUGUCCCUGUCCACCACCCGGGCCCCCCCUGCCACCUCUCCGACUCCCCAGGCAUGGAGAGCCUCAGUGAGCUGCAGAAUCCCCUGCUGGAUAAGAACACCAAGCACGUGGUCAAGGCCGACUACGGCUACAGAGGCGACUUCUCCAGCAACCAGUACCAGGAAAACAUUAUCAACUAUUUUGUGACAGGUGGAGGAGGAGGAGGAGGAGGUGGAGGUAGCGGCGGAGGAGGUGAAGGCGGUGGGGGCAGUGGGGGUGGGGGCGGCAACGGAAAGGCCAAACCCCACCAGCUGCUGGAUGCCACAUCCCUCCACCUGGCCGUGGAGGCCUUCUACCGGCCCAACUUCAUCCUCUACAAGGACGACGCUGUGACUGUGAAGGCCAAGGAUUAUAAGAGCGAGUGCUGCGAGACCACCUUCACCGAGAAGAAGGACAAGGAGGCGGCGGCGGUCACCAGCCCGGCAUCGGCCGAGACCCCCGGCAGCACCGAAGACGCCCAGGUCAAGCUUCUGCACGACGACAGCGAUAUCAAGAUCCAGACGGUCUCCUACGAGGUGGAGGAGGAGGAGUAUGUGGAGUAUGAGACGGACUGCUCCAGCGAGAGCGAGAGCGAGGACAACUUCAUGGUGACUCCGCCACGCGAUCACCUGGGCCUGGCCAUCUUCUCCAUGCUCUGCUGCUUCUGGCCCCUGGGCAUCGCCGCCUUCUACUUCUCCCAGGGGACCAGCAAAGCUGUCACCAAGGGAGACUUCUCGCUGGCCAGCAUCGCCUCCAGACGGGCUCUAUUCCUGGCCGCUCUGUCCAUCACCAUCGGCACAGGUGUGUAUGUCGGCGUGGUGGUGGCCCUCAUCGCCUACCUGUCCAAGCCGGGACACAUAUAGCACCUCCUGGGGCCCCCCCCGAUCCCCUCAGAGAGCCCACAGGACUACAUUUCCCACAAUUCCUCUUUCCUUUGAACUUGUCAGAACAUCUCCAGUACAUUCUUCCCCCCUCAAGACAACCCUUACUAACGAUCGAGCGACUGGUGAAACUCUAGUAAGACGAUGGAAGAGUGAAGAGAGGUUCACAUAUACCGAGAAAAAAAGAGGGGAAGAUAGUAAGAAAGAUUUUUAAGGAAGCCUGUGGAGAGAUUUGCCUCAGUGGAGAAUGAGGUGUCAGAAGCCUCGGAAUGUGUCUGGAAUCAAACCGCUUUCGCAUCUCCCAUGAUCCUUUGAGCCUUGUGAUGUGGGACAUUUAUCAUCUGGGGUGUUGUUCUGAGAUGAGAAUGGAAGAUGAGAGAGAAAAAAAGCCCACUUUAUUCAGAAAGACCAUUUCAGUGGCUCCAAGAAGAAAACAACACCCUAGAUGUACAAGAGUAGAAUGUUUACCUACCUAUUUUCAGUAGCUCAGCUUUUUGACACAGUGAAUUGUCAUGUGACUGUCCUGAAAGUGAACUUUACUCAGCCCCUUGCGAAUGCAUCCUGUGGACAGAACUAUAAGGGAAUGGACCCUGCUACUAUUGGCUUCACUUACCAGGGAUGCAUUGGCCCUUCUCUCCGCCCUUUAGUAUGGUACUUAGAAUAAGGCAAUGCUGAAUACAUUGCUAUGGACAUUUUCUUGGACGCACCCAACAGCAAGACGGAUGAGAAACUGUGACGGCAACCAUGGGGUUUCUGGGGUUGGCUUCUAAAUGAACAAAGUUGGCAUGGAAACAGAGAAGCAACUCCAAAUCUGACGUAACUUAUUAAUGUACAUGUUACUUUUUGGCUAUUUUCUUUUAAGCAAGACACUUGUGAUGACCGGUAAUAACAAGUAAACCUGGCAUCAAACCGUGUUUUUUUUCCAGCUUUUUUGUCAUUGGCGUGUUCCAAGAAAGGGUCUCUGUUUGGGGGGGGAACUUCUGAGAAAUACAUCUGUUAUUUUCAUUUAGUGUCCUUGCCUUGUUGUAUUUUGCCAUUGUACUCCCAGGGCCUUGAGGUAUUACUGUUAACUACAGAUCACCACAGAUGCUACAAAUCGCAAAUGUCAGGAAAGGAGUCAGGAAUGUUAAGUUGGAUUUCGCAUUUACAUUCACGUUAUGUUCAGUUUGUUGUUUCUCGCCCAGGUGAGGCUCAGUGUUGAAUGAUUUGCACCAAAAACAAAUCUCGACAUCCCCAGACAUGUGUACCAUGCAGUACAGACAUGACUUAACUCAGGUGCUCAACUGGGUUGUCUUUCACUGACACGAGGCCCAGAUGACAGUAAUGGUUUAAUAUGGAUGAAAUGGCAUGACGUGGUUGUAAAACGCUGUCAGCACCUGAAGCGUUGCGUUUCCACAGGUCUUGACGGACAGGGAAAUAAAUGAGCCUCCAAAAAUAGCAUGUCGAUAGCUCUAAGACAUGAAACGUAUGAUUGAAGGGAUUAAUAAUGCAUCGCAUGUUUUCAGGGGAGCGUGAGAUGCCUAUGCCCGAGCUUGCGAGGCCCAAUUUGUCACUUACUGACUGACUUCAUGUGAAUAGUACACACGCUAAGUGUUCCAACUGGUCUAAUCAUCCAAGUUUGUUUUAAAGAAGAACUUGGGUAAACCACAUCAGCUGCAUGAACAUCUAACCAGGGCAGCUAACAUGUAAACAUGUAGCCUUUCCAAAUAUUCCAUCACUUCACUAUAUCCUGAAAAGAGAGAGUUUUGAGGAUGUUUACCAUUUUAACCUGUACCUCUAUUCACCUGUAUUGCAUUGCAAUAUGUAAGUGGUGGUUCAGAUUUAUGCUUUUCCUCUGUUGAGUACUUAUCUGUAUGGAGCAACAAUUCAGCACAGAGGCAAUAUUUAGCUCAUGACCGGUUUUAAUCAUGGUCUUGGCAACCAGCCCUAAUUGAACUAAAUUAGCAUUUGGAGAUCCAUGAUGAGGGAAUAACUAUCAGAAAUAUAUUUGUUGGAUAACAUGGAUGACUGGAAACAGGCCAGCUGUUUGAACAAAAUGUCUAUUUGGACUAAAAUUAACACAAUUGAUCACACCCAUGUGCCCAACAGUAAACAGCAGAACCUCAAAACCCCUGUCUCUAAUGUAAAUGUAAAUCAGGUUUCUCGGCCAAGUAUACUUGCGUAUACAAGGAAUUUGGUCUCUGCAUUUAUCCCAUCCGUGAAUUAAUGAACACACAGAGCACACAGUGAACACACAGUGAGG